UUGGCCGCGAAAACAACCACCAGGUCCCACUCCGGCUCGAUGGGGAAGAGAAACUCGCAUACAGGGAGUUGAAAGAGGGUCGACCACGUGUUCCCCACACGACAGAUGUCAGCGCUGCCAUAGAAUAAAGGACUUUUGAAGCAUGAGCGAACCUUACAUCUCCGUCGUUACCGAGGAUGUAAUCACCUGCGGCACCCUUCUGGGUCCCUUACCCCUCAGUUCCGGAUCACCCGACUCACUCGCCGUGCUCACCUGGAGGUGUGUAGACAAGCUCGUUACGUCAAAGCAAGUACUUAAGGUAUCUCCAAAAGAUCAGUUCAGCAACAGUGGGCUUCCAAAAGCUCCAAGCUGGCUCGCGCACAUCCUCCCGGCCAGAAAUCCGGAUGAGCAAACCCUGGAGAUCAUUGUGAAGGGGGGUCAACUCUACUUCCGGACCAUCCGAGAACUGUCUUCAGGGGAAGAGCUCAGAGCGUGGUUCGGACAGGAUUUGGCUGAUAUACUGAAACUUCCUGUGAUACCACCUAAUGUUAUGGAGGGUAAAAAGCGUUUUGAAUGCAUGCUUUGUCAAGAACAAUUUGAAAAUCCAUUUCCUGUGGUGGCCCACCUAAUGUACCGCUGCAGACGCAAAGAUCAAGGCAUGAACAACUUGCACAAUCCCUUUAGAAAACAAAACAGUGGUCGAGUCAAAAACUUUGACAUUGCCACUCUCACAGACAUGAAUGAUGGCGACAGCAGAAGUGAUCAACCACACAGUCCACAAUCACCAUCAAGCUCUGUGACAUCAGAAAACGCAACAGUUCCAGAUGAAUCAUUACCAGAAACCAGCGUAAAAAGCAGGAAAAGACAUGGAAGUUUGGAUGAAUAUGCUUCACCCCUAAAGAAAUCCAGGUCGUCACUCGGAGAUGAUGAAAAACGAACCGAGUUUGGAAAAUCGGCCAAUUCCACAAUCAACAGCCCGAGGAAAGCAUCGAACGAUUCUUUCAACGUUAAGUUAACUACUUCAUCAAACACGCCGGUGUAUCACUCUCCAGUUUACACCAGUGUGGAAUCGGUAUCAGCUGAGAGCAACAAUUCAAGUGCUUUCAAGAAAGUGGAUAAAUCAAGCACAGCUUUUCAUCCCAGCAUAACAUCACUGUCUUCGUUAUUCACAGGAGGCAUAGAUCCUAGAGAACUCUUAUUCCAAACAGGAGCCAACAGUUUUGCACCUUUCCCUUACCCAUUGACACCUGUGACGAGUACACCUUCUUAUCACGGAGUGACCUUGCCUCAAAAUGGUGUUACACCAAUUUCACCACCUGUUCUUUCUACUCCUUCAAUCGACGGACACAUGACAAGUGCGUUUGCACCCAGCACUAAGUUGCCACCUACAGUUGCUAAUAACACAAGCAGUAUGCAUCAACAAUUGAAAAUGUCGGAAGAAUUCAAAAGCAUGAGGAAGAUGCCAAGCUUGGCAGAUGGUAGCGGUUACGAGCUGAACGCUUUAAUGUCGCCAAACCUCACUGACGUCCGGAUGUCGACCAUGCCUUCAGCUCUUCAAUAUACACCAAAGCCUCAGUCCUUAGAUGUAUUCUCAGGGGCAAAGGGAUUGCCAGCUCCUUUGAUUCCAUUUCUGCCACCUUCUUUGGCGGCAUUAACUUUUCCUUCUCAAAACUGGUGUGCAAAGUGCAAUGCUUCUUUUCGUAUGACAAGUGACUUAGUGUACCACAUGCGUUCCCACCAUAAGAAACAGACAGAUCCACAGAAACUGAAAAGGGAGGAGAAAUUGAGGUGUCACAUCUGCAACGAGACUUUCCGAGAGAGGCAUCAUCUCACGAGACAUAUGACAUCUCAUCAAUGAAUAUUUAAAGUCGGAUAUUUGUGUAUAGUGUAAAUUAGAUCAAUAAAACAAGAGAAAAAAUUAAAUCAAAUAAUUGAACCCUUAACAGAGUGUACGUUAAAUGAACUAAGAAUGGAAUUUUCGCAUUCAUGUUUAAUGAAAAUUGUUUGUGUUUCCUAAAAUCUUUAAAAUGGUGAAACUGUCAAAAUAAAAAUUUGAAAAUAGUAAAUCUUACAAAUAGCGUCCAAAUAUUGAGCUAGAGAGUACAAAAAAUGCUGCUGGAAGUAAAAAUUUCCAGAAUAAUAAGAAAAAUUGAAUUGUUGUUAAUUUGUUAUA